AUGGAGGCUGUAGCGUACGACAACCACAACCACUCGAGCUACGCCCGAACCCACCAGAACUCGCAUCACCAAUAUCCUCAUUCUCCGACCUUGCCUCUUCCCGUGCCUGGGACUCAUGGCACUGCCCACUACCAGCACGAGGUUGAGGGUGAGGGACAUUAUCCGAACCACGAUGCUCUACCGCCAUCAAACCCGAUUCAUGUCUCGACGAGCUUCCCUAUGUCCGAAGUUGAGACGGUGUUUUCCAACAAUCAAGCACCGUCGACCCAGGCCAGCGUAAUAGACAUGUCGGGCCCGCCUCCGCCUUCUCAUCCCCCUCCACCAUGGAAACCAGGUCUUGAUAAUCCGCCUCCUCCUCCACCACCUCCUCCGCCUCCUCUAUUCUAUCUUCGACCUCCAACUGUAUCAUCACCAUCAUCCCCGCACGCGUCAAGUCGCCCCUCGUUCUACCUACCGCCGCUUCCACCUCCACCUCAACCACCACCUGGCAAUUUCAUCGCCAGUACAAACCUACGUCCACCAUUCACAUAUGACCCUGACACGGUUCCACCUCCACAACGUCUCUCUCAGCGGACGUUGCCGGCGCCAUCACCUCGGGUGAACUUGAGUUUUACACCCAAUUCUCCCGGCGAUGCACCCACUCAGACUCAAACACCAAAUUUGAGACCACCGAGAGGAUUUGUUAGCUUCGGGCCACCACACAGCGCCCAUCAGUCCGGGGAUAAGACACUUCUACCUCUCAAUCUUCAAACCAUACAAUCCCGCGGUUAA